AACAGCCCCACGUGAUCGGCCAACACUGAGUCUUGCCUCGCUCUGGCGUCAGAGCCGCCGUCGCUCGCUCCUUUCAAGGCUGUGGUACCUGUUCCCGGUGGCCCUGAGGACGUGCGGGCCAGGUGCGGCCCCGAAAGCAGGAAGCGGAGGGGGAGCAGGUCUGCGAGGCUAAGUGUCGAGGCGACGCACCUCACGUCGAGAAUCGGGAGGAGGAGGAGACUGCAAGGAUAGGCCCAGGAGUAAUGGAGUCCAAAGAGGAACGAGCGUUAAACAAUCUCAACGUGGAAAAUGUCAACCAGGAAAAUGAUGAAAAAGAUGAAAAGGAGCAAGUUGCUAAUAAAGGAGAGCCCUUGGCCCUCCCUUUGAAUGUUGGUGAAUACUGUGUGCCCAGAGGAAAUCGUAGGCGGUUCCGCGUUAGGCAGCCCACCCUGCAGUAUAGAUGGGAUAUAAUGCAUAGGCUUGGAGAGCCACAGGCAAGGAUGAGAGAGGAGAAUAUGGAAAGGAUUGGGGAGGAGGUGAGACAGCUGAUGGAAAAGCUGAGGGAAAAACAGUUGAGUCAUAGUCUGCGGGCAGUCAGCACUGACCCCCCUCACCAUGACCAUCACGAUGAGUUUUGCCUUAUGCCCUGAAUCCUGAUGGUUUCCCUGAAGUUAAUAGGGAGACCCCUGCUUCCUAAAUUUACACAUUUGUGUUGUACCUUUGUCGUAAACCUUUUGAUGUUACCUAUUUCUUGUGGGUCUGCUAUUACCAGCUUCUAACUGAAUGUUGUUUUGACCCAGUUUGUAAGUUUCUGUCAGCAGGGGAGUUUUACCUACUGCAUGGAAAGAUGCUCAUUAUAUAUUGUGAAGUUAAUAAAACAGUUUUAAAAA